AUUUUGUCUCUUGCUCGCGCUCGCCGGCCGCAUGUUCGAUUCCAUCGAAAAUUUUAAACACGUGUUUCUAUUAUUUUUGCAUUUUGCUUCAUUUCCUUGAAAUAAAUCAGUCGCAGAAUUAUAUAUUUUUGAAUUGGUGCUUAAAUUGCUAAAACCGUCAGUGUUUGCUGUCAAGGAGCCAACUAAAAUGACUGAAGCUAAAGAAAUCCAGGAAGAGAAUGGGCAGAAUAAUGAAAAGAAUACAGUUCCAGAUGCAGAGUUGGAGAGUUCUAUCAUCCGCCAAGUGGAAUAUUAUUUUGGCGAUGUGAACCUCCCACGUGACAAAUUCCUUCGUGAGCAAGUGAAACUGGAUGACGGAUGGGUGCCCCUGGACAUCCUCACUCGAUUCAACCGCCUCGCCAAACUCACUACCGACACUGACGUCAUUGCCAAAGCAUUAAAUAAUUCUACUUCUGGUCUCUUGGAGGUGUCAGAAGAUAACAAAAAGAUACGAAGACAUCCAGAAAUGCCAAUCCCGGAGAUGAAUGAAGAACGUCGUAAGGAUCUCCUUAGCCGCACAGUCUAUGCGAAAGGGUUCCCCAAGGACUCCACUCUGGACGACUUGAUAAAAUUCUUGAAACAGUACGAAGAAACGGAAAACAUCAUAAUGCGGAGAUAUGUUGACAGACAGACUAAGAAGCGAUUGUUCAAGGGAUCCAUUUUUGUUACAUUUAAGACUAAGGAACAGGCAGAAAAGUUCUUGGCUACAAAAGAUGUGAAGUAUGGAGAGACAGAUUUGCUCCUCAGAUGGCAAGAGGAAUAUGUGAACUCCAAGCAAGAGGAAUACAACAAUAGGAAAGAGGAGAAAGAGAAAAAACUGAAGGAAAAGGAGGCCACGACUAAAUCAGAGAAAGAGGAGCUGAAACUUCCGUCUGGCACGAUUUUGCAUUUCGCAACAGAUGGGGAUGACAAGAUGAAAAGGGAACAUGUCAAAGACGCUCUCACAGAAAUUGGCGCGGAGGUCGCCUUCAUUGACUUCAAAGUCGGAGAUGUGGAGGGCUGGGUGAGACUUGUAAAGGAAAACACAGCCAAAGUGGUAUUUGAGAAACUGACAGACGGAAAACUGAAGAUAGGAGACAAAGACGUCACAUUCAAACUGGUCGAAGGUGACGAAGAAAGAGAAUUCUUGGAUAAGACUGCCGAGGAAAUGGUGAAACGACGUAAGAAUCAAAAGAACUUCUCGAAGCAGAAGGGCAGGAAUUUCAAAGGAAAACAGAAUAACAGGAAACGAAAGGCCGACCAGAGUGAUGGUGGACCAACAGCCAAGGUCAAAGCGGUUGAAAGUUAGUUUAAGAAAAUAGUUUGUUAAAUAACAUGUUAUGCUCCUAUUGGUCUCUGUCACAGUGGAAUAUUAAAAAAGCUGCAUAAGACAGUUGCUGAUUAAAGGACACUCCGCAAAAGGAGCGAAUUAUUUUCUUUACGAAUUUUGUGAAAAAUGUAUAAUCAAUGAAGAGCCACUGCUGCUGCAAUGAUUAAGAUGAUUAAAAGUUACUGUCCACAAGCAAGCAGUAAAUAAUACAAUGUAUAUGAAAGCAAUCGUCUAGUCCUAUUUACUACUUCUACGCGUUGUUUUCGUGGUGUUCACAGUGCACACAAUCACCAUCGAAAGGAAGCACGUUUCGCCGAAAAAAUGUAUCAAGUUACUUAAACUUUAUUACCAUGUUCUUACCUAACAUAAUUAUGUCACGCAGAACUGAAUUUCCCGAUUAUUUUAAUUCAAGCUUAUCUAUAUUUUUCUAGAUUUUGAGAUACCAAAAAAAUUUGACGAAACGUGCUUUUUAAUGAAGAUGAUUCUGUGGACACCCGGUUGUUCUCAGUCAGUUAUGUGGCGUAUUAGAAAUUAAUCAGUCUGCUGUCUCCAAUAGUUUAUUCCACUUUUUCACCUGGAUGAAAGUGUCUGGAUGAACAAAGUAGAAUUUUGAUUUCCUGGGAGAAAUUAGUGGGGUGUCCACAGUUCACAGAAUCAUCUUCAUCGAAAGCACGUUCGGGCGAAAAAACCCUCCCCUUUGUCUCUAUGUGAGGGAUGAAGUUGGAACUAGCCGAUUUUAUCAAGUCUAUUAGGUAUUUUUACUGCCUGCACUAGACAUUUUGAACUGAAUAAUCUAAUUCUACUUUCGACGUUAUUACUAACAGAAAUAGAUAUGCACGUCGAGGUACAUAGAAUUAAAUCUAGUUUACCCUAUUUGUUUCUUAGAUGUGCCUAACUUGUAAGUUUAAGCAAAGCUUUUCAUUAUAUUUUUAUAUUGUUAAGUGAUAUGUUUGUAAAGACUAUGUUUGCUAUUGCCGUUCAAGUUUCGGGACUGACUUCCGUGACUUGUUGAAUAAAUUUUAUCUCUUA